GAAAGCAGCCAAUCGGAAGUGGUCCGUGUUUGUCAUUGUCAUAAAAUAUUCAGCAGCAUCACUCCGGCUGUCCGUGAACCGGUGACCAUGACUUACAAAGAUACCUGCUGGCUCCGGGCUCACUAAUUUACUCCAGAGGAACCUAAAAAAAAAAAAAAAAAAAAAUACAAUACAACAAUUAUUAUUUGAACCUUUUUGUCAGCCUAAAACAUUUUUUUUCUUCCUCCUACUAUUGCACUUUAGCCUUAAUUUACUUUUUUGUAAAUCCAAAAAAGAUGUGGACUUUCCUGGGAAUAGCAAGCUUUACGUACCUUUAUAAGAAGUCCAACAUGGUGUUGAGUUUUGCUCAGAGAGACCUCGCGAUGGUUGCAGCCUUAUUCUUCACAGCCGGCCUGCUGCUCUCGUAUAUCGCCUAUUUUCACGGCCAGAAGCUGCGAGUCUCUCGGGUGCUUAAUUUCUUCCUGAGCAGCCUGUCUUUGUUACCUGUUAUCAACCACUUAAUCCCCCAAACUGCAACACCGAGGAGCGAGAAAACAGAGAAGAGCUGCAAAAAGGGCCGGAGAACAAGGAACAGAGUGGAAACGGGCUCCUCUGCCUCACUCGGUGCCUCAGCAUCUGGCUCACCUGGUGAUCGGGACCCGGAUGUGGUGAUAGUUGGGGCAGGGGUUUUGGGCUCUGCGAUGGCGGCCGUCCUGGCCCGUGACGGCAGGAGUGUGACGGUGGUGGAGGACCUGAAGGAGCCGGACAGGAUAGUGGGGGAGCUGCUGCAGCCUGGAGGAUAUAAAGCACUCAGAGAGCUCGGACUGGAAGGUUCAGUGGAGGGUCUGGAUGCUCAUCUGGUGCACGGCUACGUGAUCCACGACAUAGACAGUGGCACCGAGGUAGAGAUCCCCUACCCAGAGCAGGAGAAAAACAUCCACUGUGGCCGAGCUUUUCAUCACGGCCGAUUCAUCAUGGGCCUGAGGAGAGCCGCCAUGGCCGAGCCAAAUGUCACAUUCAUAGAAGGCACCGUGACCAGUUUGCAGGAAGAGGACGGCUGCGUAACUGGAGUCCAGUACAAGGAUAAAGAAACUGGAGACAUCAAGGAAGUCCAUGCGGGUUUGACUGUGGUGGCCGACGGCUGCUUCUCCAAAUUCAGAAAGAGCUUGGUGUCCGGGAAGGCUCGCAUCUCCUCUCACUUUGUUGGAUGCCUGAUGAAGGACUGUCCGCAGUUUAAGGCAAACCACGCUGAGCUGGUCCUGGCCAAUCCCAGCCCAGUGCUCAUCUACCAGAUCUCCUCCUCUCAAACCAGAGUGCUGGUGGACAUCAGGGGGGAGAUGCCUCGUAACCUGCCAGAGUACAUGGCUGAGAAAAUCCACCCACAGCUGCCAGAGCAUCUAAAGGAGCCUUUCAUGAUGGCGCUACAGAACGAUCGACUCAGGUCCAUGCCUGCCAGCUUCCUCCCGCCCUCCCCCGUCAACAAGCCAGGCGUGCUCCUCCUGGGUGACGCUUACAACAUGAGGCACCCUCUGACGGGAGGAGGGAUGAGUGUUGCUCUUAAUGACGUUCGCAUCUGGAGGAGUCUGCUCAAGAGCAUUCCCGACCUGUAUGACGACAGGGCCGUGCUGCAGGCAAAGAAAAAAUUCCACUGGGAACGCAAGUCAUCACAUUCUUUUGUGGUGAACGUGUUGGCCCAGGCGCUGUAUGAGUUGUUUGCAGCCACUGACAAUUCUCUUCACGAGCUGAGAAAGGCCUGCUUCCAGUACUUUAAGCUCGGUGGAGAGUGCGUUGCUGGGCCUAUUGGACUCCUCUCAGUGUUGUCGCCCAAACCCCUGACCCUUAUUGGACACUUCUUUGCCGUGGCGCUGUAUGCAAUCUACUUCAACUUCAAGUCUGAAUCCUGGAGCACCAAACCCCGAGCUUUAUUUAAGAGCGCAGCCAUCCUGUACCGAGCCUGCACAGUCAUGUUUCCUCUCAUCUACUCUGAACUCAAGUACCUGGUGUACUAG